CCCGGUAUAUGUGAAGGUUACAAUAUCGUUACUUUUAAGCGGAGGCAUAUCGUAUGGUAUAUUUCGUGCUACUGUACCUAACGAAAGAGAUAUUAUAAAGUUUUUACUAUAGGAAUUAUUCCAGCAUCUGCCCCCGUUUUCAUCAGAGCCACGCGGUUUGUUUGAUACUUACAAAAGGGAAGAGUCCGCGGAAUUGAUGAAACUGGCGAAACUAAAGCGAGCCAAGGUGCAAGAAACUGGGGAGAGCGCUGUUGGGAAAUAGCAUUUCCGAUAAAAUGGAUUCCAGCGAGCUGAUAGAAGGCAGCCUGCCGGAUCGCAUUACGAAGAGAGACCGCGAACGCAGGAAUGUCAUCGAAAGGCGACGGGAGGAACGGCAGUCUCUCGCCGUGGAAUCCGAGCAGAGCAGUUAUUUCAAGGACACAUUUUACUCCUCCUGCAAGAAGAUCAAGGAUAUGCUAGACGACGCUCCCAGCAGUCCGUCCCCGGCUCUGCCGGGGAUCUUUGAGAAAUCCAACAAGGAGAUCCAGCUGCUCAAGAACUACUUGUCACAGUCGAAAAUGUUCUUGAAGGUCUACGACAUAAGACGCGCACAAGAGAACUUGCAACUACUGGAGAACCAGGCUUCCGAGAUGGAGAUGAAGUUGCUGCCUAAGAAGAAGUUCGGAUUCAAGAAUCGUCGUGUGGUGAAGAAGCCCUCCGACAAGGGCCACGAUAUCACGGACGGUCUGAAGGAUCUGAAAAUAUCCGAGGGGAUCGUGAACGGUUCCGCGAAGCAAAACAACAAACUGCUGUCGAGCAAGUACGGUGACAGUGCUUGCAUGUUGCUGGGCAAGACGAACGAGCAACUGGUCUUGGACGCCGAAAACGUGAACAAGAACGAUAUCCUCCUGUCCGACCUGGUGCACUGUACCGUGAGGAUAUACGGUACGCCCAGUACGUUACACAUGGUGAACCUGAAGCGGUGCACCGUGCUGGUCGGCCCGGUGACGUCGUCGGUCUUCGCGCACGAUUGCAGCGAGUGCACGUUCGCCUUCGCGUGUCAGCAGCUACGAUUGCACUCGUCGACGGACUGUACCAUUUAUUUGCAUGUCACGAGUAGGGCGAUCAUAGAGGAUUGUACAAAGAUACGGGUAGCACCUUAUAACUGGUCUUAUGAGGAUCAGACGAGUCACUUCAAUCUAGCCGGCCUCGAUCCGAAAGUCAACAAUUGGAACUGCAUCGACGACUUCAAUUGGCUGUCCAGCGAGAGGCACUCGCCGAAUUGGUCCGUUCUCGAGCCGGAGCUUCGUGUGAAAACGUGGGAUUAAAUAGAGAGAUACUUUGUGGGAGACAGCUGUAGACAGGAAGCUAAUUCUUUAUUUUCCAAAUACACGAGCUAUUAUCGACGUAUAUUUACGUAAAUGAAAUUACCCACAUGUAUACUACUGCUUUUUCACGCGCAAGCCGUGUAAGUGUUUUAUAUACUUACAAUGUCUAAUAAAUUUACCGUUUAUGCAAUAUAUAGGAAUACGUUUGGA